GUAGACAUGGCGACACACAACCUGACCGUCGAUAAUUACGGAUACAAGGAAAUCAACGCACCUCGAAUGCAUUUCCCUUUUUGCACGUCCUGUCUUAGGAGGCAGUCUCGGGCCCAUUCUCAUCCCAAGUUGUUUUAAGUAGGGUUGAUGACCGGUCGGUCCGUCUGGGACCUCUGUCAUGGUCCAUAUCAUCCAUUUAGAACUGUCUUGUCUGCCUUGUCCACUGUCUUCCCCUUUUCGAAAAAUAUCGUUCUCACACUCUGCCUCGACUGUUACAGGCAUCCGACAUACCGUCGCGAGAUUUGGAAAAGGACGCCAGGGACAUGUUCUCUAUGGGAAAGAUCAGUAAUACUAAUUUCUACACCCAGCCGAGUAGCAUCGAUGGAAAUAGCCAGAACAGCACCAUGACAACAUCGACGUCAACAGCGACACAAGAGCCCAAAGGCAACCCAUGCCGCCAUCGUCCAGAUCCCGGACCCGAACCAUGCGCGACUUGCAAGUCUGAGCGCCAGAGAAAGCUCAAAUAUCGGUGGAAGAUCAUCCUCGGCCUGUUUCUCCCCUUCACCCUCUCUGCCCUCGACUUCACCAUCAUCGCCAGCGCCCUGCCCUGGAUCGCCUCCGACUUCGGCGAGGUCCCCCAGCUCAACUGGAUCGUCUCGGCGUUCAACUUGACCGCCGCCGCCUUCAUUCCCUUCUGGGGCCAGAUGGCAGACAUCUUCGGCCGUCAUGCCGCCAUCCAGGCCUGCAUCUUUCUGGUUGUCAUCGGGAGCGCCAUCUGCACCGGCGCCCCGACCGACGCCUUUCCGCUCCUCCUAUUCGGCCGCGCCCUGCAGGGCACCGGCUGCGCCGGCAUGAACGUCGUCAUCCGCGCCAUCGUCGCCGAUAAGGUCUCUCUCCGGGAGGACGCCAAGAACUGGUCCAUCUUCUCCAUCGUCGGCGGCUGCUCGUAUGCCUUGGGCCCCGUCAUCGGCGGCUAUCUGACCGAGACCCAUUGGCGCUGGUGCUUUGGGAUUAACUUGCCCGUGGCCGUUGUCGGGAUGGCCGUCAUCUUCGUCGUCCUCCGAAAGGAGCUGCUCGGUCCGCAGCCCAUGCCGCAGCUUGACGAGACGACCGAGACGGGUCGUCGUACCACCUUCGUUCGCCGCCUCCAGACCAUCGACGUUGGCGGCCAGGUCCUCUGCAUCGUCGGCUUUGGUCUGCUCGUCCUGGGCUUCACCUGGGCUGGCGCGACCUACGGCUGGGCCAGUGCCGCUGUUCUGGCCCCCCUCGUGAUUGGAGCCCUCGUCAUCGUCGCGUUUGUGUGGUGGGAAUUUGAGAUGACCCCUGGAAACACGCUGGCGCGGAUGUUUCCGUGGCAGCAGGCCAUGAUUCCCUGGGAAGUCCUCCGCAAUCGCGACAUUGGCCUCCUAUUCUACGCUUCCUUUGCCACGGGAAUGGCCAUGUUUUCGGUCCUGUAUUUCUGCACGUUAUACUUCACCAUGGUGAAACAUCUGGAUGCAGGCGAUGCCGGUAGACAGCUCCUGUUAUUCGUGCCGGGCCUCGGAGGGGGUGUUUGGAUGGCCAUCUUCUUCUGCAACUCGUACCCUCGACAGACGUGGCACCCCAUUUUUCUCGGCUCCGUCAUCGAAUUGGUAGGCAUCGGGGUGCUUGCCUGGGCACUGUGGAGGGAGCACGACCCCACUGUUUACGCCAUGAUGGCUGUGACCGGUGUCGGCAUCGGCAUGCGCCUCAUGCCCGUUCCCCUCCAUGGUAUGGCCUACUUUCCGAAACGAAUCGCGGCGGUGAUUUCUUUGAGUGAAGUAUCGGAGCCGCUCGGUGGUACCAUAGGCCUGACGGUUAUGACGACCGUGUUCAACAACGUUGCGGGUAUCGGCAGCGGCCCUACCGACGGUAGUUUGACAAGUUUGUCUCAGAUGCUACCCGAGGAGCUGGCUGCCCUGUCCCAGAAUGCCAAGGAAGGUAUCGUCUGGGCUUACGUUGCUAUUCUUCCGUUCAUGGUACUGUGUGUCAUCGCGUCCGGUCUUCUGGGCAACGUGUAUAUCAGCACAGACACGAACAACGAAGACGAGCAGACCAACACGAUUUACCAUGGGGUCUACUUGUGGGCGCUGCUCCGGGGUAAGGGCGGGUCGGCGGCAGAGAAUUCGGACAAGGUGACAAUCACGCGGCGGGCCGCCUGGCAGGACGGGCGACAAGUUCUUCCGCAGGCUAGGCCGGACGCUACCUGAUAGACUGACGAGAAAACGGGACACAUUGGGUCUCCAGUCCCUAUUGCGCACGUCGAUGGACGUCCGCGUUGAGGAUUGAAACCAGAGGCCUGGCCUGCUCCAUCAGCCCUAAUAAGUAGUCGGAAAUGCCGUGCCUACCAGGAGGAGGUAUAAUUCCCACUUUGCUGGUCUACCUAAGGUACCACCUACCUACCUUACCUAGGUCAGGUACUAGGUCCGGCCCAACGUCCCUUUAACUCCUUUGAGCUAAGGUUGGUCGUCGGUUCGACCGCGAUCAUCUCUUAGCGUAACAAUAAGGUAUUAUUAGUAUUAAUCAAAACGCGGCUCAACUCAACGUUCCUGUCUAAUUCCUUCAAGGUUCCAUCCAUUGGGAUGAUCUCGCUAUAUUUUUUCGACCUUUGGGGGUGGUAUAUAACAGGUCUUUUUGCUUUUCAUUUCCAAUAUUCAGC